UUAUAUCAGUUACAAGAUUGUGCGGGCAAUAUUUGAUUUAUUGGUACCUUAAUGACAAUUAGCAAGGAAAAUGUGAAUUAUUAUUCGAUUAUCUUUCUUAUAAAAACAAAUGGUUUUGUCCAAAUCCGACGGAUAUGCACGCGUGUUUCAAUGUGAUCAACGACUCCCAAUGCUCUCAAAAAUUCUAAAUGUAGAAAACUGAAGGAGAUAAAUCGUGGCUUAGAAUCCAUCCCCUUCUUACGCCCUUAUCCAACAUCUUAGAAUCAACUUCUUCAUCCGUGGAUCAUUCUUAAAAACUGUUACUCCCAUGAUGGUAGCUAUAGAGUUUUCGAAAAUAAGCUGGGUUCCAACUUUUAAUCCGUAACACAGAACAUAACACCGGCAUAAAAAAUUAAUAAUAAAAUCAAAUGUUCUAUAAAAGAUACCCUAAAUCUUGAUUAUUUUUGUUAUUGGAAAGUCUGGGUGAUUGUUUUGGGUUCAUUUUGAAGACUGUUUCAUUGCGGUUGUGGUUUUCCUAACGGUGGCGAAGGUGGUACGUAUUCUCUAUUCUCUUUUGAAUGGGAAUCUUCCAUGGAAUUAGAUGCAUUCCCACAACAACAGUAGAUGCAGAACAAGCCGAAGCCCUAGCGUUACUAGAAGCAAUCAAAUGGGCAAAAGAAGUAGAGCUAAAAGAAGUCAACUUUGAGGGUGACUGUAACAAUGUGGUGAUGGUUGUCAAUGGUCACAGGAAAGCAAUUCAUUGGACCAAUAAUAAUAUCAUAGAAGAUUGCAUUUAUUUACUCGGACAAUUUGAGUUUUGGUCAUGUUCUUUUGUUAAAAGAACAGUUAAUAAUGCAGCACAUGUAGCUGCAAAGUUCUCUAUAGAGUUUCCUGUCAAAACAGAUUGGAACAACUCAUAUCCUACGGGUAUUGAGGACUAUAUUCAAGCAGAUAAAAAAGCUAUUUAAUCAUCAAUGCAACUCACUUUCGUAUUAAAAAAAAAUAAAAAUAA